GAAAGUUGGUCGAGGAAGUACAGACUAAACCCUCGCGUGGAACAAUACAUUUUAUCUAACAUGGAAAAAGUUGCUCUGGUGACAGGCGGUAAUCGUGGCAUUGGCUAUGCUAUUGUUAAGAGAUUGUGCAAAGAGUUUGAUGGAGUAGUUCUCUUUACUGCAAGGGAUGAGACUACUGGUUCAAAAAUCUGUGGUGAACUUAAUAAGGAAUUAAAUGUAACAAAUAUUCAGCACCAUCAACUCGAUAUCACAUCCCAGGACAGUAUCAACAAACUCUACACUCACGUUCAGAAGACAUUUGGGGGAUUGGACAUAUUGAUAAACAAUUCUGGUGUCUUGCUCAAGAAAACUGUGCCGUAUGUUGAAAGAGCUGAGACAACUAUAGAGACAAACUAUUUUGGAACACUGAACAUGUGUAAGAGCUUCUUCCCUCUCCUUCGACAUCAUGCCAGGGUGGUUAAUGUAUCCUCUGGGCUUGGAGACUUGCGUUGUGUUUCACCAGCACUGCGAAAGAAAUUUUCCUCCCCAAAUCUAACUGUUACAGAGAUUACAUCUCUCAUGGAAAAAUACAGGAGGGAUGCUAAGGAAGGGAAGGUGACAGAGAAUGGUUGGCCAGAUGAUUCUUCCUCAUUCACUCCAGCUUACAGCGUCUCCAAGAUAGGCGUAACAGCUAUGAGUAUGGUACAAGCAAGAGAAUUAAAAAAUGAUCAGCGUGAAGGAAUAUUGGUUAAUGCUGUUUGUCCUGGCUGGGUGCGAACUGACAUGGGUGGCCCUAAUGCAGAGCGAAGCCCAGAAGAAGGAGCAGACACUCCAGUUUAUUGUGCCCUUCUUCCCAAAGGAACGACAAGUCCUAAUGGAGAGUUUUUGCAAAACAGGAAAAUUGUCCCUUGGCUUCCAGUUCGUUGCCUAGACGAAGUACCCGGCUACGAGGAACGAAAGAACGACGUGGUGUUUUGCGGUUCAGACGCUCAACAACAUGUUGUAUUUUUCCCUGGUGAUGUUCAGGAUUAUGAAGAAAACAUGGAGAGUCACAGAGAUAAUAAGAAAUGGAAGCAGUGGAGUUUGGAGUCUACGGCGAAAAUAUUAGAAAGAAGAUUUCCAAAUAGCUUCGUAUGGGUCAUUCGUCCUUCAAGAUAUCAUCAGAGCACUUUCGCGUGUUAUCAUAACUUUGUUGAAGCUAACCUGCUCGGUGUCCCUGAUCAUACAAAUCACGAUUACGGAGCUUUGUUUCACUUAAGAGCAUUGCUGGAGUCUGCGGUGAAAAAGCUUUUAGAUGUCCCGAAAGAAGAGGAGGACCCCACGUUUGAUUUCCCAGUGAUUCUUGUUGGUUUUAGUAAGGGCUGUGUUGUUCUAAAUCAAAUUAUUUACGAGCUCUACAUGGUGUCCGCUGGAGUGGACUCACGUCUCAAUGAAUUUGCAUCGCGUAUUAGUGCCAUGUAUUGGUUGGACGGCGGCCAUAGUGGCGAGUCGAACCUGUGGGUAACAGAUGAAAAAUUUCUUUACCACCUGGCUACUCACGUGCCAAGAAUUCGUGUGCACGUGACGCCUUAUCAGAUCGGGGAAGAAACGCGGCCGUCGAUUAAAAAGGAGCUAAAGAAGUUUGAGGACAGUCUUCGUUCGCUUGGCGCGAAUAUCAAGGUCAAAUCUCAUUUUCAAGGCACGCAGCCAUAUCUCGCUUUCCACUUUAAACUUCUUGAAAGUUUUUAGUGGAAUUUGCAAAUUGAUUUGAAAUAUCUGGUUACUUAAACAGAACGACA